AGGGAAGAUGAAUUGGUCAACGCCGUGAAGCUGGGCUUCUGGUCACUGGCCGGAUCCAGAAGAUGGGUUACUGGAGGAGACCGGGUCUGCUUUCAUUACUGCUGCUCUCCUUCUCCUGCAGCGCCGGCGCUCGCCGCAGCCUGAAGACCAACCUGUGCAAGUGGUGCGACUCCACGCCGCCGGCCUGCGAGGAGAAGGUGUGCUACAGCAACUGCAACCUCAACUCCUACUGCGAGGACCCCUACGAGAUCUGCGUGGCCAUAUGGAGGCAGGACAACGAGAGCAUCAGGAUCAGCACCCUCUGCCACAACCCCCACCGCCCCAUCGAAAACCUCAUGGUCCCCAACUACAACACCUCGCGCUGCAUCAUGACCCAUCAGCCCAGCGAGGACGGGAUCAUCUACAUCUGCGGCUGCGUGGACGAGCAGGAGUGCAACGAUAAACUUAUCUUUGAAAACCACACCAAUGGCUACUCCAUGCUGCAGAGCAAGGAGGUGAUCCCGGUGGCCGCCAUCAGCCUCCUGCCCCCGCUGCUGGUGGCAGUGAUGAUCACGGUGAUAUUUUACCUCUGCCGCACGCAGAGGCGGCGCAAGAGAGCCAAGGCGUGGGGUGGGAAACCGGGACAGCCCCCGGCCCUGCCAGAGCCGGGGAGGUCUGCUGAUGGGGAGGAGAAGUUGUCCGUGCUGAUGGACGAGAGCCCGGCCGGCACCAGCCCCGCCAGCGCCAGCAGCCACCCCGCCGAGCUGCUCCCCAUCGAGCUGGACGAGAUGGUGGGCAAAGGGCAGUUCGCGGAGGUGUGGAGGGCCAAGCUGAGCCACAGCCGCUCGGGGCAGUACGAGACGGUGGCCGUGAAGAUCUUCCCCUGCGAGGAGUACUCCUCUUGGAAGAACGAGAGUCAGAUCUUCACGGACGCCAGCCUCAAGCACGACAGCGUCCUGAGGUUCCUCACAGCUGAGGACCGUGGCACGGGGCCCCGUCGGGAGUACUGGCUCAUCACCGCCUACCACAGCCGGGGCAACCUCAAGGACUACCUCUCCCACCACGUCCUGAGCUGGAUGGACCUGCAGAAGAUGGCAGGCUCCCUGGUGAGCGGGGUAGCCCACCUCCACAGCGACUACACCGCUUGUGGCAGGCCGAAAAUCCCCAUUGCCCACCGGGACAUCAAAAGCACCAACGUCCUGGUGAAGAACGAGCAGGAGUGCGUGCUCUGUGACUUUGGCAUUGCCAUACGCCUUGAUCCUUCCCUGACAGUGGAUGACUUUGCCAACAGCGGGCAGGUGGGAACCGCCAGGUACAUGGCCCCAGAGGUCCUGGAGUCCAGGGUGAACCUGGAAGACCUGGAGUCUUUCAAGCAGAUGGACGUCUACUCCAUGGCCCUUGUUUUGUGGGAAAUGGCCUCCAGAUGUGAAGUGGUAGGAGAGGUAAAGAAUUAUGAGCUGCCUUUUGGGUCGAAAGUCCAGGAGCAGCCCUGCGUGGACACUAUGAGGGACAUUGUGCUGCAUGGCAGAGGGCGACCCGAGAUCCCGAGCAGCUGGCUGGUGCAUCAGGGAAUGCGUUUUCUGUGCGACACCAUCACGGAGUGCUGGGACCACGACCCCGAGGCUCGCCUCACCGCCCACUGCGUGGCCGAGCGCUUCAACCUGAUGGCACAGAUGGAUUGCGAUGACAUCCUCAACAACAACACGGACAACGAGGCCAGCAAAACAGCUUCUCCAGGCGGGGAGCACCAGGACAGUGAUGGGAGCAGAAAUAUGCAGUGACACAGCAGGCAAAACGCCUCAUCAGGAGAAAUGAGAGGAAAAGUGAGAGGCAUUUAGCUCAUGUGAAAAAAACCCCACUCCGUUUUUCAAAAUGGAACUAAGAUCUAGUACAUAACUUAUUUAUAAGAUCUGUUUCCUGCCACAGAUACAGUGAACUGUGGAAUCAAUACUUUGGUUAAAGUGCAACAUUGCAUAUGAACUGAUUUUGUACUUCCUUUAAAUGUAUAAUGAUGCAAAGCAUUUCUUUUAUUAUUUUUUAAAAUAAUAAUGUUUAAUCUUUUAUUAAUAAGCACCUGAAUUCCAUGUCUAUCUUUUGAAGUCCUUCCAUAUUGCCAUCACAAGUUUCUUUUCUAACUGCUUAUUCUGCAGAGAUCAAGACAAUUCUCAGUUUUCCUUUUUUAAUGGCACACACACACACACGCGCGCGCACACACACACAAAAUCUGUUGUAGCAGUAGAAAAAACAUAUUGAGAUGUAACACACCAUUGGUGGAAGAAAUGCUGGCACCCAUGAUCAAUACUUUGAUCAGACAGUAAUCAUUGAUCUGACACUCCUUAACACAAUGUAAAGAUACCCAAUAAUCCAGUUUGCAAAAGCCUGAUUUUCUGCAACUCCAAACACACCUUUUUUCACUGGGGAAUUCCUGGGUGUACUUGAUAGUUCAGGUGGGCGUGUGAAGUUUCUUUGAUAGAAAAAAAAGUCAUCAGUAUAGACACGGAUGUUUCACUCCAAGAAGUCUCCAUGCAGGAUAUCUAGACAACUCUUUCUCCAGAUCAGUCGAAUUUCCGGCCACCUCUAGUCAACAGAUUUGUGCCACAGUAAAAGUGCCAACACAAAUGCAUUGGCUAAUUCUUCUUGCAACUCUUUCACACCCCUCUGCUUUGUUACUCAACCUGAAGAAACAUGAUCAGACAGAACAUGGACCUUUACUCCCAUAACCACCAGAUCAAGGCAGGCUGCCUCUGUAGUGGAAAGGCAAUUAAGGAAAGGUAAGUCAUACCUCACUCUGAACCCUGACACUGUGCAAAUCUUAAUCCCUACACCCUUGGGAGCAAAAGGUAAUAAAAACCUUAGCUGCUACUAAGAAGCCCUGCAAGCCCAUACCUGACACUCACCCACACAGAGGUGUAUCUUUCAGGGUAGCGUUGGAGAGGAAUUCUUUGUUUGCCAGCAUGCAGCUGCAUGGAUCAACCCCUACAAGAGAAGGGAAGGGAGAAAAUUGUACGACAGCCAUGAGCUUUCUACAGCCGAGGACCCCUGAUGUGGAGCAGGGAAACAGAUCUGCAGGGCUGUUUUGGUUUUCUAAAACACACAGCUAUGACAGCACCAGCCCAUACAAAAAGUUCUUCUCUUGCUAUUGUUCCCACCUCUUUGGACCGUUUCCACAGCUCCUAAAUUAAAAGCCUAGAACAAAAUUGUCUCUAAACCCUUUGAAGAGGGAUGGAAGGGGAAUGAAUUAGACUGCAUCAAAUCUAAAUAACAAAAACUUACUUCGGCUACCAUGUGUAAGUCUUCACCUGCAACUGUGACCAUACCUUUCAUUCUCACCAAUCCCCCACCUGGCUGCUACACCUCCUGUCUUCUUAUCAUUUUCCAAGCUAACCCGUUUCUCUUGAAGCCUAUCCUCCUCAGUUCACCAUAAACACACCCCUUCCAUCCACCCAACUUCAGUCUCAUUUCUUUAAUACAUUAACCACUGCUCUCCUGUACAUAUGCCUAAGAGAAACAGAGAGCAUGGGGCAGCUUUUCUGACAUGGAGAUAAGAAACUACUAGAACAAACUGAACUCCCCCCAGGCUGUUCAAUCUUUCCUUCCCAUAAUAUUCAGUGCAGAAUUUCCCAUACCAAGUUUUGCACCCAGUUGUGUGGAUACAAUGUUGAUGAAUAUGUUUACUUGUUCUUCCAAGUUCAGUUCAAGAAGCUUUAAAAGACACUUUGACCUGUUCUUCCCACAGGUCACUGGGACAGAGUGGGAUCAGCCUGUGCAAACUAGACACCGAAGGCUGCAUCUCCGAUUCUGAUGGCUGAAAUCCAAAUUCUCCUGGGGAGAGAAAGACUUAAUCCCGAGCUUGACAGUUUAUACUGUAAAUAUGCUGAAAAACUUCUCAAUCUACUCCCUUCCCCAAUCUUGAACACUCUGAUUUACAUACUGACUCUUUUUCCAUGAAAACCAAGUCCAGAAUCAAGCUUUCAGGACUAUAUGCCUGGAUGCCUGCGUUAAAUAGGAGUGACUUGUCACGCUCUCUGUUUUCCAUGAGCAGCAGGGUACUCGGCAGCUCUGAGGAGAGCCACUUAUUUAAGCUUCACAAUCUGUUUAUAACUCAGGGAGCCUGAAACCACUGAGAUCAAUAAGAAUUUUGCUCUUAACUUCAGUGGAGCCCAAUGAAGCCAAAAAGACAGAAGGGAACAUAAGCUGAAAUUCGACAUUUUGCCAUGCUCCCCGCUGAACACACUGUGGUUCUAGCAAAUAUCUACACAGGAAGCAGCAGUGAGUCCUUCCAUUCACUCCAGAAGGUACAAGAUGGAAACAACAGUAGUUAUGCAGAAGAAUCAAACCCUGGCCAGAGUUAAAAAUACAUCCAUUAGUCCAUAGGGUGCUUGCAACUCUCAGAAGAAUCACAUAAACGUCUUACAAUUUAAGCUGCAUAUUCCGUGGCUAGAUUUUUUUUUUUUUAAAAACUGUUUUCAGUUAUGUCCUUUGUUUCUAGGAGUAACUAGAAAUUUGCAUCAUAGCUAAAUCCACAUCAGGAAGCCAUUCCAGUUUACAGUUCUUGGGAUCAUCUGAGCAACUGAAGGCUUUACCUUUUUCUUUCCCCUUCCCCCCGUCUUUUUUUCUCCAGCAGCACCCCUAUGUUAAAAUAAAUUGUUUCAUACAUUUUAAAAGACUUACUUCUUCAGCAUUGGGUCUGUUUUUACACAACAAGAUUAGUAACAGCUUUCUUAGUGUGAAACCACAAGCAUACCAGAUGAGAGUGUAAGAGAAAUGACUAAUAAUAUUAUAUAUAAGGAACACAAAUGGGUUUAUGGUCAACAUGGGAGCUUUUCAGUCUGUUUUACAGCCAUCACCUUGACAAAUUCCCAAAUCAAAAUUUUAAGCAGAACUCAGUGACUCAGUCAUAAGCCUAUAUUUUAAUAAGCACAAGUUUGGUCCCUGGAGUAUGCUCAGCUGAUAAAAGUUUGCUUUCUGCUCCGAUCACUGCAAUAUUAAAAGCUGGACCUUGCACCACAGCCCUUGCUGUUUGUUUAAAGCAAAUCUGCCAUGUGAUACAGAUAAAACAACUAUGAAACAUA